AUGAAAUUCACCGCCACUGUUCUCUCGUUAUUUGCCUUCAUGCAUACUAUUGAUUCCUUUGGCAUCAAUCAACAGAAAGUUGCCAAGACAUCGGAAAUACAAAUCAGCCGAUCCAACUUUUUGGCUCUGGUCGGUGCUGGGGUCACUGUGGCAGCAUGUAGCGUCCCUCCCGCUUUUGCAAAAGAUAGUGAAGCUGAAUUGAAGGGAACAAAGAAAGACCCAAACUUCGAGACUUGUUUGUCAACUUGCAUGUACGAAUGCACCAAACCAAAGGGAGUGGAACAGAAAUCAAGGAAGGAAUGCCUGCCCGAAUGCAAGGCCAAGUGCGCAACCAACAAGAACCAGCUACUCCUAGGGGACCCAAAAGCAGCAGAAUAA